AUGCCCCAAAAACUCUUCAUCCUCGUUUACAAAGGCGACCCCCUCGACUACUCCGAGUACCGCCACACAGCACUCUACUUCCAAUUCGCCUCAUCAAACCGCAGCAUAAUGCACGUCAUCGGCUGCCCGGGCCUCUUUCGUUUCUCCCACGCGCAUGGUUCAGACAUCGACCCGGCCAGCGUCGGAAUCCUAGCAAAAGUGAUUCCAGUUACCGAGAUCGCAUCGGACAUUGGCGAAGAGUCGAUUCGCCAGACGGUCGAGCGAACGCCAAUUUGCAAUGGCCGCGAUGAUCUUGAUUGGAACUGCCAGAAUUGGGUUGGUGAUGCUCUCGCCAGACUCGUUGACAGAGGGUGGUUAGACGCGGAAACGAGGGAAGAUGGGAUUGAUAAGAUGGCUGACGCUUGUUUGGAGGCGAAGGAUGAUGCUGUCUGA